UCACCCACGUAACCCUAACACAGCCGGCUCUCCUCUUCCUCGCGUCCCCUUCUCUCCCACAGCCGCCAGCCCCGCCGCCGCCUCCCCGAUCCACUUCUAUCCCUUUCCCCGAUCACACCUCGCUGCCUCUCGCUGCUUGCCUGCAAGUCCCUCCGCCGUCGCCCCAUCUCGCACCUCGACUGCAAGUCCCUCCACCUUUGCCUCCUCUCGAUCCCAGCCGGCAACGACCAUCCCUCUCCACCGUAGCGUGCCCUCCUCCUCCUCCUACUCGAGUCAGAUCCGGACAGCCCAGCCUCGAAUCCGUCCACACCCUUCCCUCCCCUCCACUGCUAAACCCACAUAGGUCUCUGUCCCGGCUCGAUCCCGAAUUCCCCAUUCCCCUCUCCCUAUCUCUCUCUCCAUGGCCGCCGCCGCCACUUCCAUGGCCCGCAGGUGCUCUCCCCUGCCUCCUCAUCUCCCACCGCCUCGCCUCCCCCGGGUCCAUCCCGCGCACCCCGGUGUCGACGAAGGAGAUGCUGCACCCCGUGGCCGUCGCCUCCUCGUAGCUCCUCUUCCGCGGCGUCAGGGGCGCCAGGGGCAUGGCGCGGCGGCCGGGGGCCGACGGGUACUCCCCCACGCGGGGCGGCGGCGGGGCCGGGACCGGGCGCCCACGGAGAUGGCGCCGCUGUUCCCGGGCUGCGACUACGAGCACUGGCUGAUCGUCAUGGACAAUCUCGGCGGCGAGGGUGACUCUAAGCACCAGAUGAUCGACUGCUACAUCCACACCCUCGCCAAGCAGCAAGGAGGAGGCCAAGAGGAAGAUUUACAACGUCUCAUGCCAGCGCUACUUCGGGUUCGGAUGGGAGCAUGCCUAAGUACAUCUGUUGGUUGUGCCGCAGGGAUUCCUGGUGUUCUCUUUGUGCUCCCUGAUUCCUAUGUUGACCCUGAACACAAGGACUAUAGAGGUUCGUGAAGAGGCCAAUCUAGUGUUGUGAAAGAAGGGGGCUGGCCAUGGAGAAGAUCCCGCGGCCAGCUCCUCAGGGUAGGUUAUCCCACAGAUCUCCUCAAUUGGGAUGUGAAGAUGCAGAACUUCUGUUUGUUCGAGAGCUGCUUUAUUAUGUCAAAUGCACUAUACGACUAAGGAAAAGUCAGAAAGUAUGUGUAGGAAAAUAUCAUCGUUCUUGCUCACUUUGCAAAAAUGACGAGUACUAGAAAUUGUCCCCUUUCACUAAUAUUUGUUGUUUGCUGAUGGUUAUACGUCUUUUGCUUGAUCCAUUAUGAUUCAUGCACACAGGUUGGCUAGAAAUAGCCCUGGUUAUAGAUUUUUUUUAUUAUGUUAUACAUUAAUGUAUGUUGUUAUUAUUUGUGUGUGUGAUGCUUUCAGCCUGUUUUAAUGUUUCUUCCUUGAUUGAUCUAUUCAUGUAAUGUUCUGUUGUAGGAAUUCAAGUUGUUGCACCUGGAGAACUUUCCCAUCAGAGGGAGCAAUGAAGACAUUGUUAGGAUAGUACCAGAUGUGCUCCUACGUGUUGAACAAUGUCAUGUAGUAGUGAGAUAAGGCAAAUUAUGUAGACAUUGUAUUCCUGUGUAAUGAAAUUUUGUAUUCCAUGUGUA